CGGGUGGACAGGGAGCGGAGGGAUAAAUCUGGAUGGGAUCUCGUGCCCGCUCGAGCCAGGGCAGCAAUGUUCAGCACCUUAAAAACGUUUUUUUGGCCCAAAACUGUGGCGGCAGUAUCUCAGAGUCCUGGACCUCCGACACCAGCACCUGCACCCGCACCUGCACCCGCCCCAGCACCUGCUCCUCCGAAAGAGGAGGAAAAGACAGAUGCAAAGAAAGAUGAAGAAAAAAAAGAAGAGAAAAAGGAGGAAAAGCCUGUCGAACCAGCACCUGCACCUGCACCUGCACCUGCUCCAGCUCCUGCACCUGCACCAGAGCCUCCUAAACCUGACGCUAAACCACCAGAUCCAGCCAAUCCCGGGGCAGAAGCUGCAGAGGGCGAAGAUGCACCACCUCCACCUCCUCCACCCAUCGUCAUUAACAGAUACUGUGACGACCAUCUGCGAGACAUGGUGAAGAAACUACGGGAAAGGACGGAUCUUUAUAAGGAGAAAGUCAUAGACCCCUACUCCUCAUCCCCAGAGCGCAGCCCACCCGUCACACCGGUUUAUCGCAAGGACGACUGGAUCAGAAAACAGGAAGCGGACAGAAUAAAACGAGAAGAGGCCGAGCAGAAGAAAAAAGAGGAGGACGCCAAGAAAGCGGCAGCUAAGAAAGAAAAAGAGGAGAAAGAAAAGAAAGAGAAAGAGGAAAAGCUGAAAGCCGAGAAGGAGAAGGCCGAUAAGGAGGCGGCUGAAGCCACGUGGCCAAAAAUCAAAUGCACAUGCAUAGACACACUUCUCAAACCUUUCGAAGACAAGAUGGACGCGUAUCUGGGGACAACCAUCGACCCUUUUACAGAUCGGCGGUAUAUUAAAUGGCUGAGCGUCGUCACAAUCGCUUUUAACUACAACGUUUGGCUGGCCACCGCACGCUUGUGCUUCCCGUACCACACGCCCGAGGCCAUCCCCUUCUGGAUCUUUUUUGAUAUCCUGGCAGACCUUGUGAACAUCAUAGACAUCACCAUGUUUCAGCCGCGCUUACAGUUUGUGAAAGCAGGAGACAUCAUAAAAGACAGAAUAAUGGCUAAACAGAGGUACAGGGAAUCUGCCAGAUUUCAGACAGACUUGAUGAGCAUCAUACCAUUUGAUUUGCUGUGUUUCUACUUUGGGUUUACGUCAAUCUUUAGGAUAAACCGGUUUGUGCGGUAUGAGUCGUUUUUUGAGUUCAGCGAUCGUCUGGAAAGCAUCAUGGCUAAGGCCUAUAUCUGGAGAGUUGGCCGCACUACUGGAUAUCUGCUCUUCUGUCUCCAUUUAAACUCCUGUCUUUACUAUAUAGCAUCAGAAUACGAAGGGCUGGGUAGCACUAAAUGGACAUAUGAUGGGAAAGGAAAUGCGUAUCUCCGCUGUUAUUAUUUUGCCACCCGUACCCUGAUCACUAUCGGAGGUCUCCCCGAGCCCCAUACACUCUUUGAGAUCGUUUUCCAGCUGGUCAACUUCUUCACAGGAGUCUUUGUGUUCUCCAGCUUGAUUGGACAGAUGAGAGACGUCAUUGGAGCAGCCACGGCGGGUCAGACCUACUUCCGUGCCUCUAUGGACGCCUGUGUGGCGUAUAUGAACACCUACACCAUCCCAAAGCUGGUGCAGAACAGAGUACGCACCUGGUACAACUACACCUGGGACUCCCAGGGCAUGCUGGAUGAAUCGGAGUUGUUAGAAAAGAUGCCUCUGGUGAUGAGAACAGCCAUCGCUGUGGACAUCAACCUUGCUACUUUCCAAAAGAUCGACCUCUUCAAGGGCUGUGACAACCAGAUGCUCGUGGACAUGUUAUUGCGUCUGAAAUCCAUCGUGUACUUGCCUGGAGACUUUGUGUGCAAGAAGGGAGACAUCGGGAGAGAAAUGUACAUCAUUAAAGCCGGAGAGGUGCAGGUCAUCGGUGGGCCGGACAAUAAGAUCGUGUUUGUGACUCUGAAGGCCGGCUGUGUGUUCGGAGAGAUCAGUCUCUUACAGUCAGCGAAAGACGGAGGCAACAGAAGAACAGCCAACGUCGCUGCUCACGGAUUCGCCAAUCUCUUCGUGCUGGAUAAGAAAGACCUCAAUGACAUCCUGAUCCAUUACCCCGAGUCUCAGAAAGUGCUGGCCAGGAAGGGACGGAAACUGAUGAAGGCCAAAGGUAAAUCGGCUCCCGUUAAAGACGAAGGAGAAAAGAAGAAGGGAUUGGCGAUGUUCGGACAGAAACCACCCACUCCGAAAAUGUUACGUGCUUUCGGGGGCUUUGGGAAAGGAGGAUUACUGGAGAAACUCAAGGCUCAGGCAGCAGAGAAAAAGCACUGAAAAAACAUCCAUCCACCAAUCCAUUAUCAAUUCCUCCAUGUAUCGGUUUAUCCAUUUAUUUCAAAAUCCAUCCAACCUAUGUGUCUAUCUGUAUGUCUAUCUGUCUAUCCUUCUAUCAAUCCACCUAUCUGUCUGUGUGUGCAUCCAUCUA